CAGCUCCCUUAAUAAGGCACAAGACACCUUUCUCCUCUCUCAGAACACUUUCUACACCAACCAUGGCCACCUUCGUGGAGCUUCGUACCAAAGCCAAGAUGCCCAUCGUGGGUCUGGGCACUUGGAAGUCUCCCCCAGGCAGCGUCAAAGAAGCUGUGAAGGCGGCCAUUGAUGCAGGAUAUCGCCACAUUGACUGUGCCUAUGUCUAUAAGAACGAGAGUGAGGUGGGGGAGGCCAUCCAGGAGAAGAUCCAAGAGAAGGCCGUGAAGAGGGAGGAGCUGUUCAUCGUCAGCAAGCUGUGGCCCACCUUCUUUGAGAAGACCCUGGUGAAGCAAGCCUUUCAGAAGACCCUCCAGGAUCUGAAACUGGACUAUCUGGACAUCUAUCUUGUUCACUGGCCAAUAGGAUUUCAGCCUGGGACUGACUUGUUCCCCACAGACGAUAAAGGCAAGAUCCUCCCCAGCAAAGCAACAUUCUUGGAUGCAUGGGAGGUCAUGGAGGAGCUGGUGGAUGAGGGGCUGGUGAAAGCCCUUGGCGUCUCCAACUUCAACCACUUCCAGAUCGAAAGGCUCUUGAACAAACCUGGCCUGAAACAUAGACCAGUGACUAACCAGAUCGAGUGUCACCCAUACCUCACGCAGGAGAAACUGAUCCAGUUCUGCCACUCCAAGGGCAUCACGGUCACAGCCUAUAGCCCCCUGGGCUCCCCAGAUAGACCUUGGGCCAAGCCAGAGGACCCUUCCAUACUGGAGGAUCCCAAGAUUAAAGAAAUAGCUGCAAAACACAAAAAAUCUACAGCCCAGGUUCUGAUCCGGUUUCAGGUUCAGAGGAAUGUGGCUGUGAUCCCCAAGUCUGUGACACGGACACGCAUUGUUGAGAACUUUCAGGUCUUUGACUUUAAACUGAAUGAUGAGGAGAUGGCCACCAUACGCAGCUUCAACAGAAACUGGAGAGCCUGUGCCUUGGAGCAAAGUUCUCAUUUAGAGGAUUAUCCCUUCCAUGCAGAAUAUUGAAGAUGAAUCUCCCGAUGAGAUUACCUGGUGGAUUCUCUCUCUUCAUCAACGUGUAAUUCUUUCCACGCAAGUCUGACUUUAGGCAAGCUUAUGUGAAAUCAUACUGACCCCGGCCCUGUUGUAGGCCAGAAUUCGAGCAGGAGCAGAUUAUCACAAGAGAAGUUCGACUCUGAUAAGAAAAUGAUAAUUUGUUUUACUUAUUUGAUAUGAUGAAAUGUUUGUUAAACACAAGCAGCUCUGCUAACACUGUGGAUAUAAAGAUAAAAACAAUA